AGGUGGUGAGUGAGAGUGAGGUGAGUGUUAAUUAUGCAACCCAAAAACUCAAUGAAUCUCUCUCUACUUUUUGCUCACAAAAAUUAAAGUAGGCAAACUAAAGGAAAACAUUUUCUGUGUACCGAAAAAGAAAAGUGGUGGUGGUGCUGUGCUGCUCCUGUGUGAUUUUUCCCUUUUUCUUCAGUUUUUGGGGACAUGGUGUACUUUGGUUUGGAUUUUGAAGCUCAGUAAACAGCUCAUUUUCUGAUGGGUGCUUUUGAGUUGUGUUUUCUCUUUUAGCCCUUUUGGUUUUUCCUGAGUUUCGUGAAAGUUUGUUUGGUGGUGGGUUUGGUUCUCAAGACUUCAAUGCUUGUGCAUAGAGCUAAAGACUCGCUCUUUGGUUUCGUUACUGUUACUUCCUCAGUUCCUCUGAACGCUGAAAACUCUUUCUGAUUCUUCAAGCAAAAAGCUUGAAACGGUGGCGUAAGAUAUUGGUUGCAGGUUUUCAAACUUCAACGGUAAAACUAAUCUAUAAAUUAAGUGUUAAUUGAUGUGUACAUGUUGGGUUUGGAACUUGAAGCUUUAAAGGCGUCUAAGAGGUCUUGGUGGCAUGAAUCUUUAAUUAGCUUUUAAAAAGGAACAAAGGAACAGAGUAAUCAGAAGAGAAAGAUUAAGAAAUAGUGGGGGAGUGUGGUGGAGUCAGAUUUGUGCUUGUGAGUGUCUCUGGUGUUUGAUAAUUAUUUAGUGUUGAGAGUCUGUUGGCUAUGUCCCCUGAGCUGACUUGGUGCACCCGGACUCCGUGGGCUUUGCCGCCGACCAAGGAAACACCCUCUUCUUUGGCUCUCUUGCCAUUCAAGAGAACCUUUUCUUAAAAAAUUGCAUAAAACCCAUCUUCACUUUGCCUUUCUUUCUCUCUCUCUCUUAGACUGCCUUGGUCCCUGUCAAGAUUCGGUCAUACCCUGCCUUGCAUACAUAUAACCUUCCCCUCUUUGAGAUCUUUCUUUUCUCUCUCGAAGCCCAGGAAGUUGGUUGCAUUCAGAUAUCUAUAUCUGGUCCCCUACUCCUGGUGUCUUCCUUUCCAUUUCCAGCAACUUUUCCUCGAUUGAGAUGCAAUAUUAUUCGGGAUGUGUGGUGGUCAAGGUGUGAAGCAUUUGAUUAAGCAGUGACAGGUUGAGUGGCGAGGAAGUUUUGUUUUGGGGAAGUGAAGGAGAAGCAGAUUGUUUGCUUGCCAAGAUGAAGUUUAUGAAACUUGGAUCGAAGCCGGAUUCCUUUCAGACUGAUGGCAAUAAUGUUAGGUUUGUAGCUACUGAUUUGGCAACAGACAUCAUUGUUAAUGUUGGAGAUUCAAAGUUUUAUCUGCAUAAGUUUCCUCUUCUAUCAAAGAGUGCACGCUUGCAGAAGUUGGUUGCAAACACUAACGAAUCAAACACUGGCGAAAUUUACAUUUCUGACAUUCCAGGUGGCCCUGCUGCCUUUGAGAUAUGUGCCAAGUUUUGUUAUGGCAUGACUGUCACUCUCAAUGCUUACAAUGUUGUUGUGUCUCGAUGUGCUGCUGAAUAUCUGGGAAUGCAUGAGUCUAUUGAGAAAGGAAAUCUCAUUUACAAGAUUGAUGUCUUCCUUAGCUCUAGCAUUUUCCGGAGCUGGAAGGAUUCAAUCAUUGUUCUUCAGACUACAAAGUCUCUUUUACCAAUAUCUGAGGAACUAAAGUUGGUCAGCCAAUGCAUUGACUCUAUAGCUACCAAGGCCUGUGUUGAUGUUUCACAAGUUGACUGGUCCUAUACCUAUAAUCGGAAGAAGAUCCCUGAGGAAAAUGGGAAUGAUCCCAAUUGGAACGGUGUUAGAAAUCGUCCAGUUCCAAAGGACUGGUGGGUUGAAGAAUUGUGUGAGCUUGAGAUUGAUUUAUACAAGCGUGUUCUAACGAAUAUCAAAACCAAAGCAGUACUUUCUGCUGAAGUGAUAGGAGAAGCCUUGAAAGCUUAUGCUUACAGAAGGUUUCCAGGCUUUAGCAAAGGUAUGAUCCAGGGUGGAGAUAUGGCAAAGCAUCGAUCAACAGUGGAUACAAUUGUCUGGCUGUUGCCUGAAGAGAAAGGUGGUGUCUCUUGUAGUUUCUUGCUCAAAAUGUUAAAAGCAGCUAUUUUUGUGGACUCUGGAGACGUGACUAAAGGAGAGCUAGUAAGGAGAAUAGGGCAGCAACUGGAGGAGGCUUCUGUAAAUGAUCUUCUGAUACGAGCAGCAGAAAGGGAACCUACAAUUUAUGAUGUUACUGUAGUCCAAAAAAUUGUUGAAGAGUUCCUAAGGCAAGAUCAGAGUGCAGAGAUUGAAUCGCUAGAAGAACGCCAUGAGCUUCAGGAGGUGAGAAGCCCGGGGAUCUUGUCGGAUGCUUCUAAGUUGAUGGUGGCAAAACUGGUAGAUGGGUAUCUUGCUGAAAUUUCAAAGGAUCCCCACCUACCCUUGUUGAAGUUUGUUGAUCUUGCGGAGAUGGUGCGAGGUUUCUCUCAGCCUUCUCAUGAUGGGCUCUACCGAGCCAUUGAUAUGUAUCUUAAGGAGCACCCGGGGAUCAGCAAGAGUGAGAGGAAGAGGAUAUGCAAGCUGAUGGACUGCAAAAAGCUAUCAGUUGAUGCGUGUAUGCAUGCCGUGCAAAAUGAGAGACUUCCAUUGCGUGUAGUUGUGCAGGUACUGUUUUUUGAGCAAGUCAGGGCAGCUGCUUCAUCAGGCAGCAGCACUCCAGACCUACCUAAGGGCAUGAAGGAUUUAAACAAUGGGUCCCAUGGGAGCUCAAGAUCUGCGACAACCAACACAGAGGAGGAUUGGGAUGCAGUGGCCUCGGCUGAAGAGCUUAAGGCCCUAAAGGGGGAGCUAGCUUCCUUAAGGUUGAGCAGUGGUGUGGGAGGGGGUGAGAAGAAUGGAGAUGGCAAAGGCAGUGUUGACAAGGCGGCAGUCAGUAAAAUGAGAGGGUUACUUAAGUCAAAGAGGAAGGUUUUUGCAAAGCUUUGGUCAAGCAAAGGGGUACAAGGUGAGAAUAGUGGUUCUGAUUCAUCUGAAAGCCUUGGUUCUGCUAAUCCUGAAGAGGCUAAAUCCACACCUUCCAGAAAUCGGAGGCAUUCGGUUUCCUAGUAGAACUAAUUGGCACAGAAAUAGGUCGGAAAUUUUCGGGCAUCUCUCUUUAUGAUCUUAGCAACUUAAAAAGACUUGGUGGUCUUUUACUUGAGCAAAAGUGAAGUACAUAUA